UUGUCUGGAAACAAUAAUAUGUAGUAAAUAUGGCGUCCUGCACACGAUAAACACUGAGAUGUUUUUUUUUUUUAAUAAUUCAACAAAGAAAAAGAAUACAUAUUAAUUUCAAAAUGUAGUCUAUAGAUCAAGAAAUCUUGAAUAUAUCUUUAUAUUAUUAUCUGGAUCUAUUUUUAAAAGUUAAAAUGAAUUAAUUUGGAGUCAGUUUCAGUGAGUUUGAGUGUACAUCAGUCAAGACCAGUUCAGUAGUGUGACAGUGCGAGUAUAAAUAAUCACAUACCGACACAAUAAACAGAUCAAACUACAAAAUUUAAACACAUCAAUAACUGACUAAAAAAAAGCAGAUCGGUAUGUCCGACUCAGAAGAUGAGUUCCCUGAUAGGCAACUAAAACUUAUUGUUAUGGGAGAUGGAGCUUCUGGAAAGACUUCUCUAUGUAUGAGAUACUCACAAGAACAAUUCUCCAAAGAAUAUGGUCAGACUGUUGGCUUAGACUUUUAUUUGAAAAGAAUCAAUCUUUUAGGUGGGACUAAUGUUGCAUUGCAAGUCUGGGAUAUUGGUGGUCAGACGUUAGGUGGUAGCAUGUUGGACAACUACAUAUUUGGUGCACAUGGUGUGCUACUAGUGUAUGACAUCACCAACUAUUCUAGCUUUGAAAACUUGGAAGACUGGUUCAAUGCUGUCAAGAAAGUUUGUGGGACUGGCCCCAUGCCACACAUGGCACUUGUGGGCAACAAAUCUGAUCUUGAACAUAUGAGGACCAUCAAACUGGAUAAACACCAGAAGUUUGCACAUGACCAUAACAUGAGUAGUUAUUUUGUCUCUGCUAAAACUGGGGAAUCUGUUGCAUUAUGUUUCCAGAAAAUAGCCGCUGACAUCCUCCAGGUAAAGCUGAGCAAGCCUGAAGUAGACCAGCAUCACCGAGUCGUCAAAGCUGAGAUUAUAGACAGCAACAAUUCUCAUGGAGCCAAAGCUAAAAGAGUUCAGCUUCCACCUCGGCAAGCGAAGAGCUCUCUGUGCAACAUCACAUGAUUUUACCUCGACUCAUUGUUCAUUUGUAAAUAGGUCAUUGAGAGGCAAUACAUACACAUCUCGUCUCUUAAACUCAUUAUUAAUUUAUUAACCUAACCAAAAUUAUAUUCCCCCCACCGCCCAGUGUGUGGAGUAGCUAAACAUGCUGAUAGACACAUUGCUUAUACAAAGGUGUGUUUUUAUUAUUGAGUUGAAUGAAGUCAGUGAAGAAUGAAAGGCUGCGUUUGAAACAAUUUUUUUUAUUUAUGUGGCCAGAUUCAAUAUGAAAAAAUGACAUUUUAGGAUUAAAAAAAUGAAGCUCAAUUUAUUUCAAUCUCCGAACUAUUUUUUGUCAGUCACAUAUGAAUACAGAGGAUGCUACAAUAUGAAUUAUAUAACAGACUAUUAGGAUUAAGUCAGUUUUUUUUUUAAUCUUUUGUUUUAAAUACUUAUUAAAGUCUUUCUUUAUAAUUAUUGACUAAAACUUUGUACAUAAAUUUAACCUCAAUUAGUUCAUCACAUAUCAAGCUACUUAAAUAGCGUCUGCUCGAGACGUCUGCCCAACUUUGUAUAAGCCUGUUUUAUUUGUCUCAUCAUCAGAUACACUUGACCAGCCUUGCCUAGAUGUUCUACUGCAUCAUUCAUAUUUUGUCAGGAUUACUAAGGAUAUCUCCUUAAGUAUUGCCAUUCAUUAUCUUUGAGUUUCUAGGUACCACUAGCAAUGGAUACUAUUCUCUGCCAUUUUGUUUCACUUUCACCUUUUAUUUUUAAACUCAUUUAGCUGGCAUUACUUCCACUGAAUUGGUUACCCUGGAAAAUUUACUUUUUACCUGCUUAGCUCCCUUGAUAUUUUCUACAGUAUUGACAUUUUCUUGCAGUGAUGUGUCCUCAGUUUCCUAGCAUGUCUGCCACAGUUUCUAAGUCAGCUACUCUGAACCACACUGGGAGGACUGCACUCAGUCUGUGGGUUACAGGUAUCUCUCCCAUAUCCUGAUGGAUUCAAACAUUAUUUGGUCAUGUUUUGCAUUUUUCUGUUGUUGCUUUUUUUUUUUUUUUUUUUUGGUCAAUGUUUUUGUGCUGAAGGUAAAUGUUUACUUUGUCUUGUAGUUAGACAGGUAAGAGAAAAAAAAGUCUUUGUCUCAGUCAACCCUGAAAUGAGUUUUUGUUAUGAGGCGUGGCAUAGUUGAUUGUUUCUUUACUGCUUCUGUUCAGAGCUGCUACAACCAGAGGGAUAGUUGAGUCAAGUCCUGAUACAAUAAAUCAAUGAAUCUUGUAGUCUUUGUUUUUUUUUUUUUCUGUUGUUUUUAUUUGCAUUGAUAUUGUUAAGAUUCGACAUUUAUUAUUUUGUUGUUAUAGUUAUUGUACAUCUCAUUAAUUUCUAAGAUUUAAAAGAAAAUCAAUGACUUUUUUUUUUUCAAACCUUUUUUUCUUUGAUUUCAUUUGAUAUCAUUUAUAAACAUUAUGUAAAUAUCUGUGCGUAUGUGUACCAGUAAAACUGUGCACAAAACCUAUGACUUGGCAUAGAACAAAUUGUUUGAUGUAUUACAGACUGUAUCACUUACAAUGGUCUACAUUGUGUAGACCUGCCUUGAAAUCUACUUUAUGGUUAUGUAUAUUAUUGACUUGACUUUGAUGUUCACCAUGAACACAGUUGAAAAGGAAUUGCACUGUUCAUUAUUUGAUUAUUUGUGAUUGCACUGAGCCCUUUCUAGAGAGAGGCCAUGAUUUGUGAUCGCACAAACUGCUUUAUAUAUUAAGAGGCAAUCAGGAUAUGUGAUGUCACUGAUGCUUUUAUGUAGAGAGGCUCUCAGGAUAUGUGAUUUCACUGAUGCUUUUAUGUAGAGAGGCAAUCAGGAUAUGUGAUUUCACUGAUGCUUUUAUGUAGAGAGGCAAUCAGGAUAUGUGAUUUCACUGAUGCUUUUAUGUAGAGAGGCAAUCAGGAUAUGUGAUUUCACUGAUGCUUUUAUGUAGAGGCAAUCAGGAUAUGUGAUGUCACUGAUGCUUUUAUGUAGAGAGGCUCUCAGGAUAUGUGAUUUCACUGAUGCUUUUAUGUAGAGAGGCAAUCAGGAUAUGUGAUUUCACUGAUGCUUUAAUGUAAAGAGGCAAUCAGGAUAUGUGAUUUCACUGAUGCUUUAAUGUAAAGAGGCAAUCAGGAUAUGUGAUUUCACUGAUGCUUUAAUGUAAAGAGGCAAUCAGGAUAUGUGAUUUCACUGAUGUCUUUAUGUAGAGAGAGGCAAUCGGGAUUUGUAAUUGCUAUCACAAACCAUCUAUAGAUACUUCUGUAUUGUGCAAGUGUGUAUUGGAGUUUGAUCAUUGGUUACAUGCAAGCCCCUGUCCAGCCAGUCACUGACAGUAUUACAACUUUAUUUAUUGUUCAGAUACUGUUCACUCUUUGCACACACAAACACUCUAACAGAAAGAAGCAACAAGUUAAAGUAGUCAAUUAGUUGUAUUUCACCAACAACUCGUAAUUUAUAGAAAUACCAGAGAGAAAUACUCUCUCUCUGCACGAGAACUUGUUGACCAUGAUCGAGAACUUAUUGAUCAUGAUCGAGAACUUGUUGACCAUGAUCGAGAACUUGUUGACCAUGAUCGAGAACUUGUUGACCAUGACCGAGAACUUGUUGACCAUGAUCGAGAACUUGUUGACCAUGAUCGAGAACUUGUUGAUCAUGAUCGAGAACUUGUUGACCAUGAUCGAGAACUUGUUGAUCAUGAUCGAGAACUUGUUGACCAUGAUCGAGAACUUAUUGAUCAUGACCGAGAACUUGUUGACCAUGAUCGAGAACUUGUUGACCAUGAUCGAGAACUUGUUGAUCAUGAUCGAGAACUUGUUGACCAUGAUCGAGAACUUGUUGAUCAUGAUCGAAAACUUGUUGACCAUGAUCGAGAACUUAUUGAUCAUGACCGAGAACUUGUUGACCAUGAUCGAGAACUUGUUGACCAUGAUCGCACAAAAUCUGGUGCUAUCAAUGCUUAGUUUCUCCAAACAUGAACUACCAUAAAAGUGCAAUGAGAAUCUAAAGAUGUUUACUCUGCAACUCACAAACAUGACAUGGGACAUUAUGGCAUUGACAACAAAUACAACUUUCGUUGUCCUACUGAGCUGUGUAUAAAUUAGGAGGCAUAAGAACCCUACUGAACUUUGACCUGAUCCUUUUUUUUUUAUAUCUAUCCUUUAUGACUAAUUUAAAAAAAAAAUAUAUCAUUGGUCUUGUCAGAUUGAGCUGUUUGUGUAUUUGUGAGUUGAUUUAAUAGGAUAUUUUAAGAUUUAGUUUCGCCCUACAAAUUCAGUGCUGCAACUUAGGGCCUCUUAGCAUCUUGCUCUAUGAAGAGAUCAUCAGUAAAUGAGUGUCUACACCAGCAUGGUGAUGUUAGAAUAAAAAUGCAGAUUGUGAA